AUGGCUCAUACGAGUGCAAGAUCUAUAAGGAUUACAUGCAUGUGAUGCAAGUGGAUGAGGUACAUGACUCCAUUUGCCGAUCAACUAGAAAACAGUACUGCAGGAAAAAAAAAUAAUAUGAGGUUACUUGUAGUCCUCAGAUUUUAUGGUUUGGUUCGUAAAGAUUGGUAGCCCAGGUGGCAUCAUAAAUAGUUUUACACUUAACACGAAGUUUCUUGUUGAUCUUGGCUACAAAAAGUAUCCAAUCACAAAUGCUAGAAAACAAAAGACUCCUUCCAUCGUCUUCUCACCUCAAGAGAAGUUUCCCUGCGAAAGGAAUGUACAAAUUUUUGUACCUCACAUAGAAGAAAAGAUUACGGCGAGGAGCACAAUGAAUUUAUCUGUCGUUUAUAUUGCAAACCUAUUAAUAAUUAUUGUUUUAUGUCAUCAUUAACAUGAUAGCUUUCUUUACUUAUUAUUCGGUAAUGUUCUUUCAAGUAAAGGGAAUGAUCUCCAUGAAAGAAGCCAAUCUUUAUCAUUUACACAUUCUAAACGUUAGCACCAAGACAUGUUUCCUCUCUCUUUCGUUGGAGGGGACUCUUUCUCCAUUUUGUUAUUCAAGAAACAAAGGACAAAUCUAAUAGAGUGGGAAGCAUGAGUUUAGAGUGGCAACCAAGACCAUUCUUUUGGUAUAUAUAGAUAGAUAGAUAGAUAGAUAGAUAGAUAGAUAGAGGUAGUAUAAAGGAUAUCUAUGCAACACUUGGACCGAUAGAAUUCAAGAACAGAAGUAAUAGAAAAAUAAUCGAAGAUGGGUCUGGAGAUUGUCGAGGAGGAGGUGAAUGCCGCGUUGCCGCUGCCAUUGAUGUCAUUGAAUCAUGUUUCAUUCGUGUGCAGGUCGGUUAGCCGGUCGGUGAAGUUCUAUGAGGAGGUCUUGGGGUUUGUGAGCAUUAAGCGACCCUCUUCCUUUAACUUCCAUGGUGCUUGGUUGUUUAACUAUGGAGUUGGCAUCCAUUUGCUGCAAUGCAACUCUCCAGAUGAUGUGCCCAAGAAGAAGGGUGUUAUAAACCCCAAAGACAACCACAUCUCCUUUCAAUGUUCAGACAUUAAUCUUCUGAAGCGCAAACUAAAAGAGAUGGGCAUUGAGUACGUGACUGCAGUUGUCGAGGACAGUGGUAUUCAGGUUGAUCAGCUCUUCUUCCAUGACCCGGAUGGUUAUAUGGUGGAGAUAUGCAACUGCGAAAACCUCCCUAUGCUUCCUCUCUCCUCAUGUCCACUUAAGUUCCCAUAUCCAAAGGAUCCUAUCCUAUCUUCUCUCUAUGAUGGCAAGGGGCUUCCAAAGUUCCAAUGCAGGCCUUGUGGAGCUGAAGCAGAGUGCGUGAUCAUGGAAAACUUGGUCACCGACAUGAUGGAUAUUUCCUUCUAGCAUUUGGUUUCACUGUCAAGGGAAUGGAGAAGAGAUUUUGGAUUCAGUUGUGUACAGGAUAUCUAUCUCUAUUGAGUUUGUGUCUUUUGUGUCUCAAAGGUGUCUUCUGGGUUGGUGGUUGAAUUGUAAGCCUCCUUUAUAAAGUUAUUUAGAGUGCUAAAGAAGGGGGUCAUUUAUUCCAUCAAAAAAAGGGGUUAUUUGUCACCAAUAAAGAACCAAAAAAAAAGGUUAAAAAUAGAGCGAGCCAUAAGCUUGGGCAUUAUGGGGUUGAGCAAUUGCUUUCUUGUAAUUUCUGCAAUAAAUUUGAGGUGUCUCUUCUCCUCUUUUCUUCUAUUUAUGGUCUUAUAUAUUGCCUCAAUGCCUCAAAUUUUAUUGUUCCAGUGGUGAUUGCUCUAUAAUUCAGUCUCAUCUUCUGGAUUUAUCAAUUGUGCACAAUAAAGACCUCAAGCCAAUUGAACAUACCCUAACUAGAUUCUAACUUUUUUUUUUGAGUAAAACUAGAUUCUAAGGCGCUAUCAGUGCAAGCGCGUUUUUAAGAAUUUCGCUUCACUCAGAGGAAAAAUCUGCAAUAGUAAUAGCCAUAACCAACACGAUUUACCCCAUCAAUGUGGGUUUUACCUAAUGCCACU